CCAUCAAAACUCACACACUAACCACAUCCUCGCAAAAACCCACAUCUUUUUUUCUCUGUCCAACACAAGUCACAACUCUCAACAAUGGUGCUCACCCUAUCCAACCAAUUCCUAGCAAAACUCCCAACACCCACAAAAACCUUAACUCUCCCAAAAACCUCAAACUCUUCAUCUUCAACUCUUCGCCCACAAUGGAGCUGUCGUAAAAAGGACAUUCACCCAGAAUUCCACGAUGAUGCUAAAGUCUACUGCAAUGGUGAACUUGUCAUGACAACUGGUGGGACCCAGAAAGACUACACCAUUGAUGUUUGGUCAGGUAAUCACCCUUUUUACCUCGGUAAUCGUUCCGCUGUUCUUGUUGAUGCUGAUCAAGUGGAGAAGUUUAGGAAGAAGUUUGGUGAGUUGACUCAGAUUAUGGAUAUUCCUACUCUUAAGGGUGAGAUUGUUCUUCCUCCUAGAAAGAAAUCUAAGGCUAAGAAGAAGUAAGAUUUGAGAGUUUUUGUGGGUUAAUUUUGUUGUUUUAGGGUUUAAUUUAUGUUUUGUUUGUAUAAUGUUAUUUCUGUUUUGUGUUUGUUUGUGAUUGUGAAAUUGAUGUGAAUUUGGGUAUAUUCUUGAUGAAUGAAAUGAAAUUUGUGUGUUUUAGUA